AUGGGAGAUCAGAAGGUAGGAGGAACCGAUCGAACAGGUGUUUUGUGUUUGCGGCGGUCGCAGGGCGUACAAAGAAAGGAGGAGUAGCGCGGAGCACCGGGACUUUGUUAAUGUCUUACAUCAUUGUCUUGUAUUGUGUCAUUUAUUAAAACCUUGAAUGGCUACGUCUUCUAAUUGAUUUAAAAGAUAAGGCGCAUUUCGUGGAGGCACGUCGACAGCAAGGUUUGCAGUCCCUCAACCAUUUGCUGCUCUGAGCAUCAGUUUUCGCCAAGAAGACACCCAUUCGUUUUCGAGGAAAACUGCACCUGGCCGCGAUAGGUCCCAGAAUAGUCUUUAUUGAUUAAACUUGUAAAUGCAUACCAGUCCAAGACACAUUCACAACUGUCUGUUUUUAGUUUAUAUCGAUCUGCAGAGAACGAGGUUGCCAUAAUAUAUAGGUGGGUGCAGAGAGUGUCCCAUUAUACCUAUGAUUUGGGCCUGGCUCAUAGCCUAUAGCAUCAAGGAGCAUAUCAAAUGCUUCUUGGAGUGUAUGACCUGCCUGACGGUCGUGAGACUGGACUGUCGACUUUGGAAAUGUCCCACAUAAUUUGCCUGGAUCUUUUUUAAUGCAGUAUCAUUCAUUCAAUGUGUGAGUUUGGCUGCUGCAGAGAUGGGGUUCCCAUGGUGGUGCCUAGUGUAGGCUAUAUGAUGAGUUAUACCCAACAACUGGAGGCGCAUUAUUAAAUAAUGGAUGUGCAUACUUCCGGUCAAGUAGCAAGAUGCCUGCCCUGGUCACAGUUUACACAGAAGGGGAAAUUACUCCCAAGAGAUGCAGAUGACCAAGUACUGACCAUUUAUGAUUCACCCUUACUAAUUUGAAUGUAGGUUGUUGUAAGGAGGAGUGAUCUGUGUUAUCUUGAAGCAAGGUAUUUCAUGAAAUAUUCUACUGUAUAUUCUAUCAUUGAGAACCUGGUCCAACGUCAAAAUGCGAUAUAGAUUAUUCUUAGGCAGAUGCCAGGCUACUUUUAACUUUCUGUUACAUUCUGCAGGAAUCGCUGCGUAAGAUCACCACUACCCUGGCCCUGAAGAAUGAUGAGAUCACAAACUUCAUCUGCUGUCUGAAACAGAGCCUGGAGAACCUGGAGGUACUGUACACACCAUCUGGGCUGGUCUAACAUUAAGAUUACAGUCUGAAGUAAGAUUGCAGUAUGUGCGCGACACAAUAGAAGAUGCACUCAUAUGGUUUUAUGAACUUGGCAUAGUGUACAUGCCGUACUAGUCUGACUUGAUGGUCAGAGAGUCUAUCAGUGAACUGAUUCCUUCCCUAUUGGCCCCUGCAGGGGAACUCCAGCCGUGUCCAGGAGGACCUGGAGACAGAGUUCAGCUCCCUCCACUCAGUACUGGAUGAGCUGAAAGACAGUAUGGUCACCAGGAUCAAACAGGAGAGGGCCAGCCGCACCUAUGAGCUACAGGUCAGUUCACCUUUUUUAGGCUUUUACUGGAUAAGGAUUUUACAGGCUUUUGCUUUGCAUUUCUUGAGCUUUUAAGAUUUCAGUCAUUAACAUUCAACAUUGAAACAGUUUUUUUAUGACUUCUCCAGGCUAUCCGAUCAUAGGAUCGACUUAUGAUCAGUUUAGCAUGACUCAUUCUCAGGUUUAGAAUCAGGAUAACCUUUUGUGAAUAAAGCCAUGUGCAUACUGAUUCAGUGUUGCUUAGAAAUGUUGCUAUGAAAGGCUGUGUGUGUUGGGGUCUGCAGCAUUAGUAUUCCUAGAGGAUUAUUGUGUCUGUGUACUGUAGAAUCCUGUUUACCUCUCAGCCUCUGAAUGUCAGUUAGCCAGUCAGUCAGACAAAGCAAAGGCAUGGGCAGCUUUACAUAACUACAUUGCAUAACAUAACUACACUGCAUCAUAGUAACAUACCUACACUGCAUCCCUCUGUGCUUGAUUAUGUGAGUGGGAAGUGUAGAAACCAAAGUGAUAUACUGUACAGCCAAUUACAGUAGGUUAAUUGAAAAAAGGAAGUGACUCAUGGCAAUUCAACUCAAAUAACUUUUCCUGUGAACUUUCCUGUGAUGGAAAGAAACCUCAAUGACACAGUACAGAAGACAUUUGUUAUACAGUGGGGGAAAAAAGUAUUUAGUCAGCCACCAAUUGUGCAAGUUCUCCCACUUAAAAAGAUGAGAGAGGCCUGUAAUUUUCAUCAUAGGUACACGUCAACUAUGACAGAGAAAUAGAGAAAAAAAAUUCUCCAGAAAAUCACAUUGUAGGAUUUUUAAUGAAUUUAUUUGCAAAUUAUGGUGGAAAAUAAGUAUUUGGUCACCUACAAACAAGCAAGAUUUCUGGCUCUCACAGACCUGUAACUUCUUCUUUAAGAGGCUCCUCUGUCCUCCACUCGUUACCUGUAUUAAUGGCACCUGUUUGAACUUGUUAUCAGUAUAAAAGACACCUGUCCACAACCUCAAACAGUCACACUCCAAACUCCACUAUGGCCAAGACCAAAGAGCUGUCAAAGGACACCAGAAACAAAAUUGUAGACCUGCACCAGGCUGGGAAGACUGAAUCUGCAAUAGGUCAGCAGCUUGGUUUGAAGAAAUCAACUGUGGGAGCAAUUAUUAGGAAAUGGAAGACAUACAAGACCACUGAUAAUCUCCCUCGAUCUGGGGCUCCACGCAAGAUCUCACCCUGUGGGGUCAAAAUGAUCACAAGAACGGUGAGCAAAAAUCCCAGAACCACACGGGGGGACCUAGUGAAUGACCUGCAGAGAGCUGGGACCAAAGUAACAAAGCCUACCAUCAGUAACACACUACGCCGCCAGCAGACUCAAAUCCUGCAGUGCCAGACGUGUCCCCCUGCUUAAGCCAGUACAUGUCCAGGCUCGUCUGAAGUUUGCUAGAGUGCAUUUGGAUGAUCCAGAAGAGGAUUGGGAGAAUGUCAUAUGGUCAGAUGAAACCAAAAUAGAACUGUUUGGUAAAAACUCAACUCGUCGUGUUUGGAGGACAAAGAAUGCUGAGUUGCAUCCAAAGAACACCAUACCUACUGUGAAGCAUGGUGAUGGAAACAUCAUGCUUUGGGGCUGUUUUUCUGCAAAGGGACCAGGACGACUGAUCCGUGUAAAGGAAAGAAUGAAUGGGGCCAUGUAUCGUGAGAUUUUGAGUGAAAACCUCCUUCCAUCAGCAAGGGCAUUGAAAAUGAAACGUGGCUGGGUCUUUCAGCAUGACAAUGAUCCCAAACACACCGCCCGGGCAAUGAAGGAGUGGCUUCGUAAGAAACAUUUCAAGGUCCUGGAGUGGCCUAGCCAGUCUCCAGAUCUCAACCCCUUAGAAAAUCUUUGGAGGGAGUUGAAAGUCUGUGUUGCCCAGCGACAGCCCCAAAACAUCACUGCUCUAGAGGAGAUCUGCAUGGAGGAAUGGGCCAAAAUACCAGCAACAGUGUGUGAAAACCUUGUGAAGACUUACAGAAAACGUUUGACCUGUGUCAUUGCCAACAAAGGGUAUAUAACAAAGUAUUGAGAAACUUUUGUUAUUGACCAAAUACUUAUUUUCCACCAUAAUUUGCAAAUAAAUUCAUAAAAAAUCCUACAAUGUGAUUUUCUGGAGAAAAAAAAUCUCAUUUUGUCUGUCAUAGUUGACGUGUACCUAUGAUGAAAAUUACAGGCCUCUCUCAUCUUUUUAAGUGGGAGAACUUGCACAAUUGGUGGCUGACUAAAUACUUUUUUCCCCACUGUAUUAAAAGUAAAAAUUGUCUGGACUGUGAUUAAAUAUAUCCUUCUCUCUCGCUCUCUCUCUGGUUCUCUUGCUCUCUGGCUCUCUCUCUCUCUCUGGUUUUCUCUCGUGCUCUCUCUCUCUCUCUGGUUUUCUCUCUCUCUCUCUCUGGUUUUCUCUCUGGUUUUCUCUCUCUCUCGCUCUGGUUCUCUCUCUCUCUCGCUCUGGUUCUCUCUCUCUCUCGCUCUGGUUCUCUCUCUCUCGCUCUGAUUUUCUCUCUCUCUUUCGCUCUGGUUUUCUCUCGCUCUCUCUGGUUUUCUCUCUCUCUCUGGUUUUCUCUCUCGCUCUCUCUUUUUCUCUCUCGCUCUCGCUCUCUCUCUCGCUCUCGCUCUCUCUCUGGUUCUCUUGCUCUCUGGCUCUCUCUCUCUCUCUCUGGUUUUCUCUCGUGCUCUCUCUCUCUCUGGUUUUCUCUCUCUCUCUCUGGUUUUCUCUCUGGUUUUCUCUCUCUCUCGCUCUGGUUCUCUCUCUCUCUCGCUCUGGUUCUCUCUCUCUCUCGCUCUGGUUCUCUCUCUCUCGCUCUGAUUUUCUCUCUUUCGCUCUGGUUUUCUCUCGCUCUCUCUGGUUUUCUCUCUCUCUCUGGUUUUCUCUCUCGCUCUCUCUUUUUCUCUCUCGCUCUCUCUCUCGCUCUCUCUCUCAGAGUCAGCUGAGUGCGUGCUCCAAAGCCCUGGAGAGCUCUGAGGAGCUUUUGGAGGUAGCCAAUCAGACUCUCUGCUCCCCGGAAGCAGAUGACUUCACUCAGGUAACGGCUGGAAAAAAAGCUUCUACAACCUAACUACUUUCAUUUCCAUAUUUUAUGCAAUGAUGCCAUUGGUAUUUUGCUUGAGGAUAUCCAUAAUGGUUUUAGUCAUUUAGCAGACACUCUUAUUAAGUGUGACUUACAGUAGUGAGUGCAUACAUUUUUGUACUUUAACGUACUGGUCCCCUGUAGGAAACAAACCCACAACCCUGGCGUUGCAAGCACCAGGCUCUACCAACUGAGCUACACAGUUACUACCUGUUCCUUAUCUUUAUGUACCUUUAUUGUAAAGCAGUACAGUAUGUUGAUCUGAUGUGGAUCGUUGUGAUGUAUGUUUACUGUGUAACACAAAUGUAAUGUUUUUCAAUUGUAAGGAUGUGGCUGCAACUCUGUUCUUUCUCGGUCCAUAUCUCCUCUCUCCUUCUUUCCCUUUUGCUUUCUCUGUCUGCUUCUCUCCAGGCGGCCAAAGACAUUAAGGAUAGGUAUAGUACAUUGCUCUUCAUUUCUCAGAGUAUCUUCUUAACUCACUAACCAUCUGCUCACCCACACGCAUUCCAACAAAAUAUAGAUUAAAUACAAUCACGCUGUAGCACGCCCUUUUACCACUCUGUAUUUCAUCUAACCUGAGUCUUCUUGCUCACCUCACCUGUCCUCUCUGUCCCAAACAUCUGUCAGUCCCUCAUGACACAUGCUCCAGUCUAGCCCCUCUCUGGCUGUGUCAGUUUAGUUUUGUACGUUUCGAGUGAGUGUGUCUGUUCAUGAUUCACAAAUAUGUUUUUCUGUGGUACUUUAGAAAUAGUAUGUUAUUAUAGCUCUGUGUAAAGUGAUUACUAGUUACAGUAGUAUUACAGUCAGUCCUUCAGUUUGUUGAAUAAUGAGGCAUGUCUCACUCUGUGUCUCUUUCUUUGGGGGAGAGCAGUGUGACAAUGGCCCCUGCCUUCCGUUUGUCGCUGAAAGCCAAAGCCAGUGACAGCAUGAGUCACAUGAUGGUGGACUUCACCCAAGAGCGGGAGAUGCUGCAGGAAAUCAAGUUCCUCCCAGGUCAGUCUGGGAGCCAUUAUGUCUGUCUAUUGGUUCCUCUUUAAUAACAGCAAUGGACAAUGCUCUUACAACCAUAGAAAUAAGAAUGAAUAGAAUGGGCGUCUCCAUUCAAGUCAAUAAUGGCAUAAUGUGUGGACUGGCAGCCAUUGCGAGUUUACCCAUAGGAGCAAAGCAGGAAGUAAAAGCAGGAAGUGUAACCAGCAAUCUGUGCUCUGAUUUGUUGAAUCAACUCAAAUGACAUUACAAAAAAUGCAUUCCAUUGCAUGAGCCACGUCAGUUAGCAUAAUUUGAAUGAACAUUCUACAUUAUCAUGGAAAUUAUUGCAUUACAAUACCAGGCAGCCAUUGUGAGUGUACCCAUGAGUUUACCAGUCAAAUUGCCAAGGUUCCAAGCCCGUUCUAUUCAUUCUUAUUUCUGUGCUUACAACAUUCUCUACUGAAGUUAUAUUUCAAUUAACUGUUGUGACAAUGGCUUUUUGGUACCACCCAUGUUGACCAAACCUAGCCCUCUCAGUGUGAAUGACGUAAGCCCCAUUUCUCUCCCUCUCCCCAGUGCCUGCCACCCCAGAGAUUCUGGUGUCAGAGUGUCAGGUGUGUGACAACACGGUGACGGUACAGUGGGCUCUGCCGGAGCCCGACACCAAGAUUGAUCACUAUGACCUGGAGCACCGCCGCACCAACCAUGAGGGGCCGCCCCGUGCCCGGGAGGACUACCCCUGGAUGGUGGUGGAGGGCAUUCGAGAGACAGAGUACACCCUUACAGGUAAGAGUGUAAGGCUAAGGGUUAUGUUAGAAUUAAAGCUAGGGUUAGGGUUGAGCUGGGGAUGUGGACAUGGAACUAGGGUUAGGGUUAUGGCUUAAGUUAACUAGUAAGAUGAGGGCCUGUCUUUAGAUGCAGUAGCCUAGGAGGAAUAGAUGUACUUAAAUUGACCAACUGUGAUUAUCAAGUACCCUUUAUGUUAUUAUGUGAUUUCAGGGCUUCGCUUUUACACACGUUACAUGACGUUCCGUGUGAAGGCGUGUAACAAGGCUGUGGCAGGAGAGUUCUCUGAGCUUGUAACACUGGAGACACAUGGUGAGUGAACUGGACAUAGUCCUCCACUCAGGAGGGAGAAUGCAUGUACACUGUAUCUUGUUGUCCUUAAUGUCUUCUGAUGUUAUAAGAAUCAAAGAGUCAGCACAUCAACAUAAAGCCUGUCUCUAUCUCUCCACCCCUCCACUUCUCCCUGCAGCGUUCCUGUUCAAGCUGGAUGCAAGCUCGUCCCAUCAGAACCUGAAAGUGGAGGACCUCAGUGUGGAAUGGGACAGCUGUGCGGGGAAGGUUGUCCAGGACAUCCGCAAGGACAAGAACAGAACCAACCAAUCUCCCAUGCACUCCCCAGCCAGGUCAGAAACACUUUCUGCCAAAACCUUUGUGCACACUUUACAGUGUAUAAAAUGAAAGUCGAGGUUCAACUUUGGCGUCCUCUGACUCUCCCUCUUCUCCUCUCCUAGGACGGCCAUGAAUUCACCGAAGAGAGUGCCGUCUGCUCGGGUCGGCAGAGACCGAUUCACGGCUGAGUCCUACACCGUACUGGGCGACACCUUUAUCGACGCAGGCCAGCAGUACUGGGAGGUGCGGUUCGAUAAGGAGAGCAAGGCGUUCGCUGUGGGCUUGGCCCUGAGGAACCUGGGCCGCUUUGACCAGCUGGGGAAGAGCAACGCCUCGUGGUGCAUCCACCUGAACAACUGGCUGCACCAGAGCCUCACAGCCAAGCACAACAACAAGGCCCGCACCCUGGACUGUCCCAUCCCGGACCGCAUAGGGGUCUACUGCAACUACGAGGAGGGUGAGACAGACCCCCAGAUACACCUCAAAUAUAUCUCCUCCACCUUAUACUGUAGCAGCUUUUCUACAUCCAGUCAGGAGGACCACUUAACUUAGACUGACAUACAGUACAUAGUGAUUUGUAUUUAAGACCAACCUUCAUUCAAUUUGAUUAAAUAGGUCUGGAUUAAGGAUUGGAUCAGGGGUGGGUUAGGUAAUGUUCACUUGAGCCUGUCUGCACUCUGUCUGUUUUCCGUAGCUAUGCUGCUGUAUCAAAUCUUAAGCUGCCUUAGAGUUUGUGUGACAUUACAUUUCUCUCCAUCCAGGUGCACUGUCCUUCUACAACGCCAGAACCAAGACACUGAUGCACACCUUUAGAACCAAGUUCACUCAGCCUGUCAUACCAGCGUUCUCGGUGAGAAACUUUGAUUUUGUUUACUUUGUGGGUCACAAUCUCUAUGCGAGUCACAGCAAAAAGAAAUGAAACCAUUGUUUUCGAGAAAACAUGCCUUAUAUGUUACAUUUGUGUUCUGUCGAACCCCUGAAGGUGUGGAAUGGGAGUUUCUCGGUGCAGACAGGUCUGCAGGUGCCCAGUGCGGUGCAGAGUGGCCAGAGGAAGAACAGUGGUACCAGCAGCUCCAACGCCAGCCUCACCUAG